AAGCCAUUAGUCCUUUACUUAUUAAUUUUUUCAAACUUUCUUCAAAAUAUUGCCCUCGUACGCAUUUUUCAAUUUAAAUUCAAAUCUAACUAUCUUAAUCUCUAUUUAGAAAUUGAUUAGAGGAGUCUUAAUUUAAAAAUAACUGCAUAGGCUUAAUUUUUAUUUUAUUUGCAUAGUAUAUGUCAUCUCUCUCUUCCUCUCUCUCUCUUUCUCUCUCUUUCUCUCUAUCUCUCUCGCACUUCGUCUCUCUCUUUUUUUUCUCUUUUUCAAUCUCUCUCUCUCUCGCUCUCUAUUUUUUCUCUCUCGCUCUCUCUCUUUUUUUUCUCUCUCUCUUUCUCUCUCCCUCUCUCCCCUUCCCUCUUUUACGAGUUGGCCUGCUUACGAUACAGCAUAUGACAAGGCCCGAUCCACAACAAUUCUCCACGAUGCUCGGUCCCUGGCUGCAACCUCCUGUUAAAUCUUCUCGUAGCAGCUGAAGAGUGCGGACGUGUUCUAUCAAGCGCUCCUCGACUGACUCGUAUUUUAUACCCCCGUGGUCAGUGCAGUGCAGAAUUACCUGUGCCCAAACAGUGCAGUGCUGGAAAGUGUUGUUCGUGUUUGGUGUUUCAGGGGUUUUGUGAUGUAGUGUAGUGCGUGUGGGAAAAAACAAACUUAGACAUCCCUUUACGUCGUUCGUUGUUUUCACAACGAGACGUUAAAGUAAAAAUUUAACAUUUUUAAGAACAAUCCUAAGGCACUUUACGUUGUUCGCUUUUCUCAAAGUGCUACAUAAAGUGAUAAGGCCCAAGGUUGUGGCCUGUUUUGUGUGUGCAGAUAGUGGAAGUUUCUAUGAAGUGAGUGUUUAAAGUCAUUAAUCUGGUGGACUCUCAUAAGACAUUUGUGUUCAAAAAAGAAGUGGUGUGGUAGUGAUCUUCUAACGAUAGCGAUCGUUACCCUACUAGCAAUGAGAAUGUAAAAGUGUGCGUCUUUCAGGCGAGGGGCAUGUAGAAGCAGGGGGAGACGGAUGGAAAUACGCGGAAUUACGCGUCAGCGAGAGCGUGUUUUGCUUUCUACACAGUUUUCGCACUCACACAAUCACACAUGUGUGAAUGUGUGCGUUCACUUUCAGCCAGCGCGCUCAGUUUGGUUUUCUCGCAGCGGCUUGCUGGUGUCGGUGUCUCGCUCGCACUAGUGCAGCGAGUGUUCCUCUGUGCGCUCCCUUUCUUGCCACCACACGAAAUCGUCAGUUCAGCUCAAGCGUUCGCCGUGAAAGGCCGCGCGCGUGUUAGCCUGAGUCCCGGGCGAUCGAAGUUUCGCUAAGUGUUGAAGUUUUGUGCACAUUGAAAUGAAGCUGCGCUUUUCUUUCACCAUUUAACUUAAAUGUGUGAUUUGCGCUGCUUUAUUUCAUUGUAAUUUUGCUGUAUUGAACAUCAACAACGGGAUCCACGCAGUUAGACGUCUAUUUGAAAUACGACGAUUUUUUGUAUAUAAUGAAUGUGUGUGGUUUGAAGCAAGAUUGUGUGAAGCUAUGUAUUUUAUUUAAAUGUGCUUUUAUUUGCAAUAAAAGUCAUAAAAUAUAAACCGAGUUUGAUGUGUUUAAGUUUUUGUUUUGAUUCGGGUGCACCAAGUCCGUGUGAAGCAAAGCGUACAGCGCGCUACGAAAGAAACGAGCGGGAGGGGGUGUCAGUCCAGCGCAGCGCAAUUCGCUAGAAUCAAGUGGGAGGGGGUACCAGUUCAGCGCAGCGCAAGCCGAAAGAAACGGGAAGGAAGGGGUAUGAGGAAAAUACGAUGAAACAGCGCGAGCGAGCGUUCUUUACAGCGAGAACGUCUCGUGUAUUUUAAAGGCAACCAAGAGAGCGCAUUCUCUCCGUGGUAGCGCUCCAUCCGCCAUUUUUUUUUCUCAGCCCAAAACAACGGACUUUGGAUCCGACUUCGGGCCGGACCCCCACCGCGUGUAGAAACACACACUUACCCCUCGCCUGAAAAUUUCGUUCUCUUUGUCUGUCGGGAAUUCUCUGCUUAUUUUCUGCUGCUUGGUAUAACCAGAACUCAGAGAAUAAGCAUAAAAUGAACCAGCACUCAGUGACGUCACGGAUCGGAUCGAAUCCCGUCCGGAGAAUGACUGUUCCAAAUCGCUCAAGCCAUCACCACACCCGCUGUCAAAAUGAAAAAAAUCAAACACCACUGUUUUGUUUACUUUUUAUUGUAUAAAAACCGCGUGUUAUGCCCGUGUAGUGUGUACGUCGAAGCUUCCCAUUUUUUUUCGAUUUUAAACGCUAAACCUGUCUGGAGGAAGGUGUAGUCGAGCUCUGCUAAUAAUCUGUAAGUAUAAAACCAAUAAUUAUUUUUGAUAAAUUUCAACAUAUCACUCCUUUUACUAACAUUUUCAUUAUUGUAGGCGUCUUGUGAUACCGACUUCGUGUAUUCGAGUAAAGUUAUUUUCUUUUACUGUUUGCUAGUGCUGCUAAUCUGUAAGUAUAUUUUUAGAGCAUCAUUAUAGUUGUCAACAAAACAAACCACAAAAUUGAUACUUCCUUCAUCGUCAUUGUAGGUAUUGAUGGAAAAAUCUAACGCCGGUAAUGGAAGUGUUGCUGAAAGCAUUGCUGUGCAAAAUAACAGACAGCUACAUACGCACACCAAUAUGAUUUCUGACGUCCAUCUAAAAUUGGACGAGUUAAUUGUGCAGCAACAACAGCUUUUAACACAACCUUCUCCGAAUUCUAAUGAUGACCAUAGUGUUCCGGUUGAACAGGAAACUGAAUUUGUGUUUGCAUUUAUUGCAUCAGAAUCAGCCCUGGAAGAGUUCGAUAAAAGCCUUAAUUUGGAGGAACAAUUUGUUCAAAUGAAGGAAUGGCUUAGUAAACAGAUUACAGCUGUACAAGGGAAAAGAAGAAUGCAUGAUGCAUUGUAUCUUAUGUUCAACAGGGUUUUUCUUAUUUAUUUCAUUUAUUUAUUUAUUACGAUACAAAUAUCUGCCUCAGAGGGCUAAAUAUAGGGAAACUUACUGACUAAAACUUAAAAUUAAUGAUAGCAAACAAAUACUUAAAACUAACUAGACAAACAUAUACUAGACAGCAAGCAAUUUGUAGCACAGCCAACACACGUAAAAUGAAAGAAUUAGGAUGGGGAAACAAAAAGGGAGUCAAAGAACUGAAGGAAGAGAGGGCGAAGGGAUUGAGGGGGAAUAUGAAAAUCAAACAUACCAGAGGCACUGUUGAAGCGAUGCAGGGAUCGAAAAAACGGAUCAUUGGUGCCAUACAGCGUUCUUCUCGACGGGAUUUGAAGGAAAUCGCGGCGUCGAAGAAAGCGAGCAGGCGCGUACAGCGGUAUUCUGUUAAGAAGUGAAGGACAAUCAAUCUCGUUCCGAAGCAAACCACUGAUAAGCAAAGCUUGAGAAGCAGAGCGACGAUCAUGCAGUGUCAUCAAUCCAAGCAUACGGCAUCGGACUUCAUAAGGGGGAAGAGAAGCACCCGAUUGCCCUAAAAGACGCCUAAUGGCAAUACGGGUGAAUCUGCGUUGAACACUUUCAACCCUUUCAAUCCAUACCGAGCUGACUGGGCACCACACAAUGCUAGCAUAUUCUAAAAUAGGGCGGACUAAGCUACAGAAAAGGGCUUUGAGGCAUAUAGGGUCACGCACAUCAUUUGCCAUAGCACAAAUCAUUCCUAGUACACUAUUGGCAUGGUUAAUGGUACGCUCAAUAUGAUGGUUGAAUGACAGCUUUGCAUCAAGGUGAACCCCAAGAUCACGAAUGACAUUAACACGAUUUAAUACAACAGAGUUUAGUGAAUAAUUAUGAGACAACACAUUUGAGCUCCGAGAGAAAGAUAUACAAGCACAUUUAUCGAUACACAGGGAGAGAAAGUUAGCAGAACACCAAAAGGAGAAAGAGUCUAACAGACAUUGAAGAGAGACACAUGAAUUAGAGUCAGUGAUAGGACAAAAUAUUUUUAAAUCAUCUGCAAACAUAAGGAAGGAAUCGGAUGGAAGAACAGAGCACACAUCAUUGACAAAUAAAAUAAAAAGUAAAGGACUCAAGACACUACCCUGGGGUACACCCGACGAACAUAAGAAAAACCGUCAUUCAAUUUAACACAACAAAAACGAUUCGAUAGAAAUGAUUGUAGCCAUUCAAGAAAGAAAGGAGAGAAGCCAAGUUUCUUGAAUUUAGCAAUGAGCAGAGAAUGGGGGAUUUUAUCAAACGCAGCUUUGAAAUCGGUAUACACAGCAUCAACCUGCAUGCCAGAGUCCAGAUUUAAGAGUACUGAGGAAACAAAUUCCAUAAGAUUAGUAGUGGUGGAGCGGCCAGCCAUAAAGCCAUGUUGAUUUGGAAUGAUCCACGAUUUCACCAUUUCCAUUAGAGGUAAACGAAUAAAAGAUUCAAAGACUUUGCUGAACGCCGAUAAAAUAGAUAUGCCACGAUAAUUAGAGAUGCAACCACGAUCACCCUUUUUAAAAACUGGCCUUAUCCAUGCUUGUUUCCAAAUAUUCGGAAAACUAGCCGUAGACAAAGAAAGAUUAAAAAGGAAAGAAACAGGAAGGGCUAGUGCUUCACGACAAUGAAAGAGUAAAGCAGCAGGAAUACCAUCGGGACCCGGCACUGAGGAUGGUUUACCGUUACCGGUUUAGGUUACUGAACGCACGUAAAACAGAAGCAGUGCUUACAGAAACAAAUUCAACAUUCAGGAAAUUGAGAGGGGUGAAUGAAAGACUGGUCUCAAAGCUUGCAGAGUUAUUUAAACCAUUUCCAUAGACACUCGAGAAAUGAUCAGCAAAAAGCGAACGAAUGUCAUUCGGGCACGUAGCAAGCACAUCACCAAGUGACAUACUAGUAGGGAGGCCGUUAUUGUUUCUCAUAGAGUUAAUGUAAUUCCAAAACGCUAGAUGGUUUGAACGGAAACGAGAUUGAAGACGCAAAACAUAUAAUUUAUGGCGAUAUCUGUUAAAUGAUCUGUAAGCGAAUGCUGCAUAUUUAAAUAACCUACGCGUGUACGGUGAACGCCAAGUCCUGUAAGCACGUGUAGCCCGAUUUCGAUCCCUAAGCAGAGAGCGCAGAUGGCGGUCGGACCAUGGAGGGGAAGGAGGUGGUCUGAAGAGAGGAGAACAGGAGUUUAAGGAAGUGAUAAGGAUAGCAUUGAACUGUGUUACAGCCUCAUUGAUGGACGUACAUUCAAACAAAAAUGACCAAUCAAUAGAGGACAAAAUUACACGCAGCCUAGCAUAGUCAGCCUUCUUAUAAUUAUAAAUAGGACUAAGAUUAACACUUUGCACAGAAACAGGUAAGUUGGCAGUGGAUAGAUAUUCAAUUUCAAAAACAAACGGAGGAUGGUGGUCAUUAAUUUUUACAAGAGGAAGAUCUGCCUCAUAAACGGAACACGGCGUGAAGUUAAGAGAAAACAAUAGAAUAAGGUCAAGCACACGACCAUUAUGGUUUGGAAUAUUAUUUAGUUGACAAAAUUCCAUAACGUUGAAUAAAUCGACAAAAAGUGCAUGACAUAGCAACGCAUUAUGAGGUGUAUAGUGCUGGAAAGGUGUCGUUAAAUUAACAGAAUUUAUCCACUGCAGAGAAGAUUGAUUAAAAUCACCAAGAAGAAUAAGUUGAUCCUUGUUACGCAAGCGGGCUUUGACAUCGUGAACGCAUUCUAAAAGUUUUUCAAACGUACGCAUAUCAGCUGCUAAGUAGGGUGGGACAUAGAUAACACCUAUAUAUAUAUUAAAGCACUCAUUUUUAAUCACAACCCACACACACUCAAGCGGCGCGGCAUUUACAGAAAUAGGCGCUGAUGCUAAACUGGUCGAAACAGCAAUGAGAAUACCGCCACCGCGAGUACGAGAACUAUUAUUUAUGUUACGAUCACAACGGUAAACGAUAAAUUUAUCACUACUAAAGAGCAUACUAUUGGGUAAAGAAUCAUCAGCCCAAGUUUCAGUGAAAACAAUCACAUUAAAAUCAGCAGCAUCGGCCGCUAGCCUCAAAUCAGUACAUUUUGGUCGUAACCCACGAGUGUUCUGAUAGUAAAUACUUAGCUAUUCAUUUGGUUCAUUUGACAACGACGGUUGUCUGGCAUGAUCACCACGGGUACGCUUAACAGGGGCAGGCAGGUUAUCUGGAGGCGACCGAUCCGAAGGUUUACGAGAGGAUCCAGUCGUUUUCGCAGGAAUGAACACCGAUGAAGACGAUGACGGAAUCGACGAGGUUGAUUGAAGAGCAGGAAGCACGGAAGUUGGCUCGGAACAGGUGUCACUCAGUGGAUGAGAGAGAGCCGAAGGCAGAGAAGCACUCUGAGAAGGCAUGCUGGCCAAGCGUGGUGUACUCAGAGUCUGCGCCUACACGCGAGGUCCAAAACAGCCGAAGUCAUACAAAAUCAUGAAAAAGUCUGCGCCCUUUUGUUCCGACGUCCUCGUGAAGUUUACCGAGCCGAACUGAAUAGUUGUGUUCGAGAAACAUGUGUACGUAUCAGGUAGCAGCAUUUGUACUGCUUACCUGCCGUAUGCCGCUGUGAUACCGAGCGAGACGCAUAGACAACGCAUCAAAAGGACAUGUGUAGCCGUGAGGAAAUUUUUCUUUGUCUCUUUUGCCUUGUCCUUGCCUUUAGAUCCUGAUGAGUGAAGCAUACAUACCUUUCGGGUACGUUCGGGGUAUAAGCUCUGUCCCUCUCAUCCCACCGGGCACCAGCACUCAGAGAUCGCUUGAAUACGCGCUUGAAAAAGAACUUGAGUUGGCGAAAUUAUUCAAGUGAUCCGUCGGGUCCCGAAGCCGAAGCAAACCCGAAGCCGAAGCAAAACCCGAACGGGGUUCGGCACGACCCUUCGUUAAAAUAGCCCCCUCCCCCUUUUUUGCCAGGAUUUCUUUCCGAAAUGAUACAGUGCACACCAUUAUACUAUCGUAAUUCGAUUUAUUGAAAAUCGAACCAACAUAGAAUACAAAAAAACACAACACUUGCACAAUUAUCACUGCAUUUAAUUCUAAAUCAACGCACAUAAUUUAAAAAAAAACACUUUUUACACUCGCACAGUGAAAAAAAAAAACAAAUUCAGCACAGCACUUUCUGCUCCUCAUCGCUGUUGCUCCUGGUUUUUCUCGCUGCACUGUACGGGCCACUGCUCCAACACUACGACGCAGCCACAGGUUUUUGUUGUCUCCGUUCGCCGUGAAACACACAUUAAAUGGAAGAAAAAUGAUAUUAAUAAGAAGGGGGGAUGUAGGUUGAUAAUUUUAAUCACUUUUACUUACCUCAAAUUAAACAAAAUUCCAUUUUUUACGGGGUUUAUCCGCCAAGCGCUGAAACACCACACGAGCACCAACCUCACUGGACUGAAAGUAAAGUCUACUGCGUGAAUGUGUGUAUGCGCUUCUGCCAAGCCAACCGCGCCGUACUGCGUGUGUAGCCAAGUGCGUGUGUGUGUAUAUUUGCACCACUGGACACAGAACACAAAUCUCACCGCAAAGCAGAGCGUGUGUCGCCAAGUGUAUGCAUGUGUGUAUUUGCACCACUGAAUUCUGAACGUCCGCCGCACCGCACCACACAGCGUGUAUCGCUAAGUGCAUGGCUGUGUGUUGUAUCACCGUGGUGUGGCCAAAUGUGUGCAUGUGUGUACUUGCUCCACUGAAAGCCGGUACCCAGCCAACAAUUUCCGAAGGCGCCCCGUGUUAAAAAUUUUUACUUUAAGCUUUCCUUAAGUUUUUACACUAGCAGCAGCUAAAGUAAAAACUUUCAGCACGGCACAAACCGACGCACACAUUCAAAUGCUUGGAUUGCUGGUCCUGCUUACGCAUACAUUUGUAUUUAUCCCUCCCCUUAUAUUUUCGGAUUGCUGGUUGUAGCAGUGACGCUUUUUCUUUUUGCUUUAUGCACACUUUCGCAUGCUAUUUAUUGGUGUUACUCUUUCCACAUGCGUUUUGGCACACUCACACUCUGUAUACGGCAGGAUGCUUCACCCCUUCCAAAUGCUGCGGUUGCUUUCUAUUACCCUUCCUCUCGUUCUUCCUUCUACCCUCUGCGCUAGGAUAUCCUCGACUGGUGCUGCGCGUGUUCAGCCGGCGCCUGUCUGGAAAUGACGCCACGGACUGGUGCUGCGCAUGUUUAGCCGUAUCCUAGGCGUCCUUGAAGUGCGCUCUUCUACGAAAGAGCUGUGAUGAAAUCUGUUGAUGAAAAUUAACCAACAAUUAAUCCAUGUUUUUUUAUAACAAAUUAAACAAUAUUUUGCAAAUAGGAUUAUAGAAACGCUUACCUUGAUAUUUUAAAACCGGACACCGUUUUCCUUCCGUCGAUCGUUUUGCGGGAUGUUGGCAACCGUCGAUUAACAUGCGCGUGCACCUGUAACUUUUUAGACGACAAGCGUUAGUUUAAUGUACACAUUCAAGCACACACAAGAAACUUACCUUAGAAAUUUACAAGGAUAAAUCAUUCCAUAAUUGAAGAAGAAGGAACACGGCACAAAACGUAAACGAGCAAAGUACGGGGCACAAGUAAUCACACAUCACUCCAACACAUCCUUCCACAGUGAAAGUUCUGGACAGACUGAGGAUGCCUAACACCCGGAUGAGCGCGAUAGCAGAAAAAUCAUGGGAGAUCGAGAGAGAUGUGUAGUUUCGGUUCAGCGGAAUACGCAUGCAGAUGCAUGCGUGUGUGUCACUCGAAGGAUAUCGGUUUCCCCUACUCCCGUUUUUCGUUCAUAGGCCACACGAUCGGCGUUGUGCCGUCCAAAAUCUAGAGAAAGAAGACAUGCUCUCUCGCUUUGGCACACAGGAAAGUUUUCCAAUAGCUUCGGUUUUGCUGGUUGGGUAUCGCACCAGAUUUCGGGUGUCGCCUUGUGCGUGUGUGUGUUAUUGUCACAGCACACUCGUUCGUCAUUUUUUUUCGUUUUUUCGCUUGAGCCACUCGAUUUCGUUCUUCGCUGAUUUUGGCAGCGCACGAAGGGGUUUCGGUUUCAACUUCCAACAACAACAACCACACGAGGAGGCUCGGGGACACUCAUCAGGGGAAAAUCGCUCAAAUUAGAGCGAGAGACAGAUAGAAAAUGUGAAAAGUCAAUAUAAAAUCUUCGGCUUUUGACUGUUGGGAUGUUAAUGGUGAAGAUAGAAUCGUAUGCCAUCGGCUCUGCAUUCGGGCGUGGGCAGGCCCGUGGACGCUGCCCACCGGUCACCAGCACUCAAAGAUCCGCUGAGAUUGAAGCUGGCUUUGAAGCUGAGUUGGCGAAAUUAUUCAACCGAUCCGUCGGGUCCCGAAGCCGAAGCAAACCCGAAGCCGAAGCAAAACCCGAACGGGGUUCGGCACGACCCUUCGUUAAAAUAGCCCCCUCCCCCUUUUUUGCCAGGAUUUCUUUCCGAAAUGAUACAGUGCAGAGAAUUAUAUCACAACAAAUUUAUUUAUUGAAAUUAAUAUCAUUUAUCUAACAAGUUUUACAAAAAUCAAAAACACAUGCACUACGAACACUGAACAUAAUUUCACAUUAACGCACAUUAUUUUAAAACACCCUUUCACACUCGCACAGUGAAUAAAAUCACAAAAUCGUCACAACACUUUCUGCUCUUCCUCACUGUUGCGCCUAGUUCCUUAAGCUACACUGUACGGGCCAAAUACGCCAACACUACGACACAGCCACAGGUUUUGUUGUCUCCGUUCGUCGUGAAACACACAUGAAAUGGAAGAAAAAUUAUAUUAAUUAGAAGGGAGGAUGUUGGUUGAUAAUUUUAAUCACUUUAACUUACCUUAAAUCAGAUAAAUCUCCAUUUUUCACGCUGUCGGUUUAUCCGCUGACUACCAAGCGCUGAAACACCACACAAGCACCAACCUCACUGGACUGAAAGUAAAGCCUACUGCGUGAAUGUGUGUAUGCGCUUCUGCCAAGCCAAACGCGCCGUACUGCGUGUGUGGCCAAGAGCGUGUGUGUGUAUAUUUGCACCACUGGACACAGAACACAACUCUCACCGCACAGCAGAGCGUGUGUCGCCAAGAGUUGCAUGUGUGUAUUUGCACCACUGAAUUCUGAACGUCAACCGCACCGCACCACACAGCGUGUAUCACCAAGUGCGUGGCUGUGUGUAGUAUCACCGUGGACUGCAGAAAACUGCCUACACUAGAACAGAGCGCUGGUGUGGCCAAAUGUGUGCAUGUGUGUACUUGCUCCACUGAAAGCCGGUAUCGCACCAGAUUUCGGGUGUCGCCUUGUGCGUGUGUGUGUGUUAUUGUCACAGCACACUCGUUCGUCAUUUUUUUUCGUUUUUUCGCUUGAGCCACUCGAUUUCGUUCUUCGCUGAUUUUGGCAGCGCACGAAGGGGUUUCGGUUUCAACUUCCAACAACAACAACCACACGAGGAGGCUCGGGGACACUCAUCAGGGGAAAAUCGCUCAAAUUAGAGCGAGAGACAGAUAGAAAAAGUGAAAGGUCAAUAUAAAAUCUUCGGCUUUUGACUGUUGGGCCAGCUUCAAUCUCAGCGGAUCUCUGAGUGCUGGUGACCGGUGGGAUCCAAUCGGGCGACGAUAGAUUUAACGGUAUUAGUGUUGCUUGCACUAUCGAUAUUUUUGGCCGACUCAUCUGUAAGCGUGUCGUUCACUGACACUACAGGGAGAUGACAAUUUUGGUAAUCGAUGAACUCACGGAACACGAGAGAUGGAGGCCAAGUAGCCGGAGAGAGAGCUUCUUCGCGCUUGCUGGAAGGUACACCGACCUUAAACGAUACGAAUGACAUCGUUUCGACGUUGGCGCCAAGUUUUACGAGACGACGCACCACAACGUCCGAUGGAGCAAGUGCAAGUCGAUUUGUAACCAUGGUAAUGACAUGCUUAUCCGUUACAGAUGUGUCGAAGCGCGACAUAAAAAUCCACGCCAAUGACUGUGGCCUUGGAGCCACAAAUACUGGAUCAUAUGUACUCCCCGAUCCCGUUCCUUGUUGCAUUGCAGGCGCAGGAAGCACUGCCGGCCAGGGAGCCGGAGGGAGGUGACGAGAUGGUAGAUCGAGGGGUAGUGAUGUUCGGAGAGGGCACCAUGCGUCUCUCUUACCAUAUGCAGAAUCAAACGAGGCACUCUCACUAAAUAGAUCCUGCUUUAGACGGUGAAGCAGAUCCGCUCUUAUCGAGUUAAUGGCGUUUCCUAGAGACGAGAAAAUGCCAUCCAUUGAAUUGACCAAGGCGGCCUCAAUCUCCGGAAACAAUACAGGCUUUUUCGAUUUACGCAAGGCAUCACAUUGUUUGCAUAGCCAGCACAGACCACAAUCUGCCAACAAUUCACUUAACGUGGAUUUAGAGACACCGGCACAGUGAGCAUGGAACAAACGGCCACACACCCCCGAACACGACAAGUGUAAUGGAUCACCAUUUGGAUUAAUUGCCGUAGAGCAAAUUGCACAGAUAGUCAUUAUGAUAACACUGUUACACUGGAAAGCAGGCACACAACGAGUGAUAUCGCAAAGCAAAUGUGUGCAAAAGUCACAAGCGAUAAAAAUUUUCCAGCCACAGGGCGAUUAAUCAAGCCGCGUUAAAACACUGGAAUAAGCAGGAGCGAUCAAAAACCACGUCUGUGCGUCACCAAGCGGAGAGAGUGAGUGCUUAUGGAGUGCUGUUGGAGCGGAAGAGGCCAAAAUGGUCGAAAAAUAGAGUUUAGAAAACAUAAGCAUUUACUAAAAUUAUUCCGUACAAUAGGUGCAGUACGGAACUAUAGAGGAAUGCUCUAACCAAAAAAAGAGAACAAAGUGAAUUUGUUAGGUAAGCACUGAGGGUGCAACAAAAAAAUAAUGUUUUUUCUUUAUUCUCUGUUAUCUUCGCUCUUGGGUGUUUUAUCGCAAUUUAUCGUUUCCGCGGUUUUUAUGCCUUUUUAACUGCUUGCGCACACACAAACAUCGCCUCAGCUGACAGUCCGUUGGAAACCUUACAACAGUUUCCAACAUGUAUAGAUUAGGCGUUUAAAAAACUUUUUGUAGACAUGAACUAAACUUCUGAAUAUGAACUAAUUCAAAUAAAAGUUGCUUUUCAACCGUAUAUAAUACAGCUAUUAUUUUUACUCUUUUGCAGUUACUUUCAACUCAAUUUUUUUUUAAUUUUUGAUUUAUAAUAAUUUUGUGACCACCAUGACCAGUACAUAAUCAAUUUAGUUGCGUCGUUAUGUUUCACGAUUAAAAUAAAAUAUGGGUAGGAAUGAUUACUUACUAUCCAAUCAAUUUCAAAACUAGAAUUAAUAGCUACUUUCGUUAAAAUAUGUGUUGGAAUUUGGAUAAUUAUUUUCGAACUUAAAUUUGAAUUGUACAUAAAACAAAGCGUUAGGAAACUAAGAUUAGGUUAUAAACUACUCGACGUUAGAAACUGCUCGAUCUACACGAAUUAUGAACUGCAUGAAAUAUUAUAUACAAAAAAGGACAAACGAAUAUACAGUUGCAAACCGACCAGCGAUAAAGGUGUACACUUUCCUAUUCAAAUUUCCUCCAAAUAUCACAGCCAGCCCCUUUUCGUGAAUAUAUUUCACAUUUUUGGUCCUUCGAACCGGAUCGUGAUAUACGGAGAAGAAAUAAGUUUCAUUCUGCAUCAAGAGUGGAAUUCGGUAUUCGUCGUCAAGUGUGCAAGUCAGUCCGUGACAAUUCCCGCCAUCGCAUAUCGCCCCGCAUCAAGGGCAACGGUCGGUUACACGCCAUCAUUUUGAAUUUCGCGCCAUCGCUUUGUUCGUUAUUUCCGUGUGAUAUCGCAGUAUUUUCUUUGUGCAAUGGAUAAGAAAAUUAAAGCAGUGCAACUGAAAAAGAGGAUCGCCCUGGAGAACAUAAAAUCGCUGGAACGGUUCCAGGCGAAAUAUUCGAGUGAUGACGCCAAGCAGAUUCCGGAGGUGUUAGAAGAUCUGGCGAAACAUAAGGAAGAGUUUUUCACCGCAGUUUCGAAACUGGAAGAGCUUGAAGAUAAAGACGAAGCGGUCGAAGCCAACAUAAUGGAACGGAUCGACAUUGAAGAACGCUGUCGCAAGCUAAAAUCAUUUCUACGGGAAAGACAGCCAAAGGAAGAAGGUUCGCUCAACGAUACAACGGGCUUGGCUUCCUCAACGCUUGCAUUCGGUCGACCCCACGCGCCAAAUUUACGUUUGCCCAAAAUCGAACUUCCAACAUUUGACGGAGAUCACACAAAAUGGCUUUCUUUCCGAGAUCGCUUCAUCGCAAUGAUCGACGCUUCAGCCGAGCUUCCAUCUAUCGCGAAGCUACAAUACUUACUGUCAUCGUUGAAGGGGGACGCGGCGGUACCCUUCGAGCAUACACCUUUAACGGCGGACAACUAUUCGGUUACCUGGGCGGCGCUUCUUAAACGGUACGACAAUUCUCGUCUUUUGAUUCGCGAAUACUAUCGCAAAUUGCACUACCUUCCGGGAGUGCAAUUGGUGUGCGUUGACAAGCUCACGCACCUGGUGGAUGAAUUCACCCGCUUCGUCAACGGGUUGAAAAAGCUGAACGAACCGGUUGACUCGUGGGACACACCCCUCUCAAACAUGCUGCUGAUGAAGUUGGAUCGAGAGACAUUGUUGGCUUGGGAGAAACAUUCCGUGCACUUCACGACGGACAAAUAUAAGGAUGUGAUCGACUUCGUGCAAGAUCGUAUCCAAAUCUUGAAAUCGACCAACAACUUCGUGAAGGAUCAAGCAGCUAGUGGUAUCAAGGUGGCCGGUCUCAUUCGUCAACCAGGGCAACGGAGAUUCAUCGCGAAUGCAGCUACAUCUCGCUCGGCUCCUGCUGCAUCGACUGCGCACACCCAACAGCCAAAGUGUCCAUUGGAGUGUUCCGAAGACCACACACUGCGCAACUGUCCAGUGUUCAUCGCCAAGGAGGUCCAACAGCGACGGGACGUCGUCGCAUCGAAGCGGCUGUGCUGGAACUGUUUGAGCAGCAAUCAUCAGGUUAGAGCGUGCAAGUCGGAUUAUUCGUGUCGCACGUGUCGUGAGCGUCAUCACACACUUCUACAUCAUUCACCACCCUAUGCUCCACCCGCAACGGUAACAUUGUCAGCUCAGUCGAAUGAAGACAAUGUGUUUCUGGCGACGGCAAACAUCCAGAUCAAGGAUGACUACGGGAACACCCAUGAAGCAAGGGCGUUGUUGGAUUCGGGAUCCAUGUCGAAUUUCAUCGCUGAGGAGUUCGCACGGAAACUGCUGACGAGUCGCAAAAGGGUCAACGUCGCUGUAUCGGGCAUCGGCAAUGCAGUACAGCAGAUCAAGGGUUCCAUCGUCGCUACCGUUCAGUCCAAGACACAACCCUUCGCAACGGAGAUGACUUUCUUGGUUCUGGACACGCCAUCCGCAAACAUCCCUACAUCACCAACGGACGUCUCUUCAUGGAAAAUGCCGGACGUGGCAUUGGCGGACAGCACCUUUAACAGUCCGGGGCAAAUCGACAUCGUCAUCGGAGGCGAUACGUUCUGGGAGCUCCACACCGGUCGCAAGUGCUCUAUCGGUAGAGGCAAACCGUGGCUGGUCGAAACCCACUUUGGUUGGGUUGUCACCGGCAACACUCAUCAUUCGUCAGUCGGUCCGCGGCUGUGCCAUCUAUCUGCAUACGACACCCCACUGGAGGAGACCAUGCAGCGGUUCUGGGAGAGUGAAACCAUAGCCGAGGAUCCUGUGCUAUCGGUUGAGGAGAAUGCUUGCGAGAAGCAUUUCGCAGCAACAACUGUUCGCAACUCAAGUGGAAGGUAUGUCGUUAGUUUGCCAUUUAACUCCAACCCUAAUAUCGUUUUAGGAGAGUCGAAGGAAAUAGCCGAUCGCAGACUGCGUUGUAUCGAACGGCGGUUGAACACCAAUGCUAAAAUGAAAGAAGAGUAUGUUAAAUUUAUGAAAGAAUAUGAGCAUUUGGGGCAUAUGAAGCGGCUUACCAGUCCUGCAAACGAUUCGGUAGAGCAUUACUACCUCCCACAUCACGCUGUCAUUAAGGAAUCAAGCACAACCACGAAGGUGCGUGUCGUGUUCGAUGCAUCCUGUAAGACUUCGAGUGGUUACUCAUUGAACGACAAACUCUUCGUGGGACCAGUCGUUCAAGAAGAUCUUUUAUCGAUUAUCCUUCGGUUUCGUUCUCGUGCCAUUGCUCUCACUGCAGACGUAGAGAAGAUGUAUCGGCAAAUUUUACAUAGCCCUCAUGACCGUAACUAUCUGCGCAUCCGGUACAGAGAACAUCCUGCAGAUCCUAUAUCGACAUUUGAGCUACAGACGGUUACGUACGGCACAGCCUCUGCUCCAUUUUUAGCAACCAGGACCCUAAAACAGAUUGCUCUUGACCACAAGGAAGAGUAUCCUUUGGCAAUGAACGCGGUCAUGAACGAUUUUUACGUAGAUGAUUUGCUAACGGGUACCGAUGAUUUGUCCGAAGCAAUCGUUAUACAAAGGCAAAUCUCAGACAUGCUAAAUUCAGCUGGCUUCACGCUGAAGAAAUGGGCAUCGAACCGCUCCGAAGCAUUGAAGAACGUUCCUUCAGAAGAUGUGGCGGUACAACUCUCGCACGAGUGGAAGAGCUCGAAACAAGUAUCCACACUAGGCAUCGUUUGGGAACCGGCAACUGAUACACUACGGUUUCGUAUUGAGAUACCACCUACAACACCCAGCAUGACGAAAAGGUUAAUUUUGUCAUAUAUCGCCAAGAUAUUUGAUCCCCUCGGGCUACUGGGCCCAACGAUCAUCAUCGCAAAGAUGUUCAUGCAGCAACUAUGGGCUCUCAAGAUUCAUGGAAAGGCAUAUGACUGGGACAGCGAGCUACCAUCGCACUUACAGCAUGAAUGGUCGAAAUUUCACUCUACAUUAUCUUCACUACGCAAUUUGACAGUCCCACGGUACAUAUCGCAAUGCACGGCAACAAGUCUGCAAAUUCAUAUCUUUGCUGACGCAUCACAACUAGCAUAUGGUGCUUGUUGCUACAUUCGGGCUGAAAGCAUGGAAGGAGUCACCGUGCAGCUGCUAACAGCCAAGUCAAAGGUCGUUGCGUUAUCCAAUUCACAUUCCAUAGCUCGAUUGGAAUUAUGUGCAGCACGACUAGCCACACUUCUUUACGAGAAGGUCCAGCAAUCACUGAAAAUUUCUGCUACCACCAUCUGUUGGACCGAUUCCAUGACUGUCCUUCACUGGCUGAAUUCAGCACCAAAUCGAUGGAAGCCCUUCGUUGCAAACAGGGUUGCAAAAAUUCAGCACACGGCUGGAAUACAAUGCUGGAAGCAUGUUCCAGGCUCGGACAAUCCAGCAGACGACAUUUCGCGAGGUUUAACGCCGGAAAAGUUGCUAGUGUGUGAGCGCUGGUGGCACGGGCCACAUUGGUUAGCACGCAACACGGAAGAAUGGCCACAGAACACACCAUCACCAGGCGAAGAUGAGAACGCAGAAGAAGAAAGGUUAUCGUCACGGGUUGCAAGCACAGCAUUAAUCUGCGAAUUUCGAAACAGUUUGUUCUCACGAUUUUCGAUCUACCACAAACUGCAAAGAGUUGUUGCACAUUGUUUGCGCUUUAUACAAAACGCAAAGCGCCGCGUAGGAAACAAGGUCCAUGCUAAGGAUAUCCCACCGCUCACUGUAGACGAACUCAAGGCGGCAGAACUCAAGUUGUGUUAUCUUUCACAACAAGACACCUUUUCCGAGGAGAUACAACACCUGCAGAAGGGCAAAGAGAUUCCGAAGAACUCCAAACUGAAAUGGAUUUCCCCUUUCAUAGAUACGCAAGGUAUUCUGCGCAUUGGUGGCCGGCUCAGUAAGGCACAUCUGUCGGAAUCAGAAAAACACCCGGUAAUAUUAUCAUCGAAACAUCCACUGUCCGCACUACUAGCUGUUUCGAUACACUUGAGUAAGCUGCAUGCUGCACCACAACUGCUUUUAACAACACUACGCCAAAGCUUUUGGAUAAUUGGCGGUCGCAAUUUAUGCAAGUCUGUGUACCACAGUUGCCACGCAUGUUUUAAGGCCAAACCCACACUUAUUAAGCAAAGUAUCGCCGAUUUGCCAACAUCACGAGUCACACCAACAAGACCAUUCUCAGUAUGCGGAGUAGACUAUUGCGGACCAAUCUAUAUAAAACAAACCAUACGCAACAGAAGUCCGAUUAAAGCAUACAUCGCCAUAUUUGUAUGUUUUUCAACAAGAGCGGUACAUAUCGAACUGGUUGGCGAUUUAACAUCAAUGCACUUCGUCGUUUGAUUGCACGUCGUGGUCAAAUCAGUGAACUGCAUUCCGACAAUGCAACCACCUUUAAGGGAGCGGCACAUGAGCUGAAUCGCGUCUACAAGAUGCUAAAGAGCGACGAACACGAUCGAGCUGCUAUAUUUGAUUGGUGCGCGAUGAAUCAUAUGAAGUGGAAGUUUAUCCCACCAAGAGCACCACAUUUUGGAGGUUUAUGGGAGGCGGCGGUGAAGGCAGCUAAAAAGCAUAUAGUCAGAACAAUAGGAACAACAAGCAUCACACAGGAGAGCAUGCUUACCCUACUUGCCCAGGUAGAGCAAUGUUUGAAUUCGCGACCAAUUACACCUCUAUCCGAUGAGCCGUCGGACUUGGAACCAUUGACACCGGGACACUUCCUCGUCGGUGGCAAUCUGCAAGCGGUACCAAUCAUCGAUUACACCGAGACCCCGAGCAACUAUUUGAGAGAAUACCAGUUGGUACAAAAACAUCUGCAAACCAUUUGGGCUCGAUGGUAUCCGGAGUACCUGCAGCAGUUACAAGCUCGAGCCAAAUAUUGCAACGGGAAAUCAGCGGUUCUGAAAGAAAAUACACUGGUGAUUAUUAAGGAAGACAAUGUACAUCCUACCUCGUGGCCGAUGGGGCGCAUCGUUGCAGUACACCCUGGAAAGGACGAUGUUGUUCGCGUCGUUACACUGCGCACUGCUUCAGGGAAGCAAAUCGUCCGCGCAGCUAAUCGUCUGGCAGUUUUGCCUAAUCCGGACGUAAUUAGCAACUUAGAGCAGAAGGAAACCACUGGCACUGAGUAACGCGCAGCUGCAAGCCACGCGACAUUGUUUACAUUUCGCACUCAUGGCAGAACAAGAUACACGCAACACACAUUCACACAUCUACACACACGAGCAGUAUGAUAGGAGAUAAGCGUCAGGUUCAAGAGUCGAACUGUUUUUGAAUUCUUUUUUGAACUCAUUUUUGGAUUUAUAUUUUGCAUGAAAUUUAAAGAAGUUCUUCUUUGGUGGCCGGGAAUGUUGGAAUUUGGAUAAUUAUUUUCGAACUUAAAUUUGAAUUGUACAUAAAACAAAGCGUUAGGAAACUAAGAUUAGGUUAUAAACUACUCGACGUUAGAAACUGCUCGAUCUACACGAAUUAUGAACUGCAUGAAAUAUUAUAUACAAAAAAGGACAAACGAAUAUACAGUUGCAAACCGA